CGGCAGACGGUGAUACAGCACCAAGGAUGGCCCGCGAUAGAUUGGCGGCCAUGAGGGCCCAGCAAGAUGCCCACGGUGGGGGAUACGGAGCGUACGGAGGCAGCGCUCCGCAGGGAGGCUAUGGGGACACUGGCAACUCGCAUCCCGUCGGGGGAGGAGCGUACGGAGGCGGGGGAAGCCAGUAUGGCGCACCGCCUGUGCAAGGCGGGUACGGCGGACGUCACAUGGGCUAUGACCAGCAAGGAGCUUAUGGCCAGCAGCAGCAGCAGGCGCCAGCUCCUCCUGCUUACGCGCAGACCCAAGGUUCAUAUGGGCAGCAGCAGCAGGGCGGCGGCGGCUACAAGAGUAGCUACAUGCCAGAGGCGGCACCGGGUGUGGUCGAAAUGCAACCGAUGCAGCCACAGUUUGACAAUGGCCAAGGGGAUAUGGUCAGCUUCCUCAACGACAUCACAGAGCUGCAAACGAGUAUCGCUGCGAUUGAUAACAACAUCAACAAGAUUGCCGAAUU